AUGUAUGAGAUUUAUGUGGAGACCUGCAGACAGAAUGCUCAGAACCAAGUCAACCCAGCAACGUUUGGGAAGUGUGAAAAUAAUUCACCACUAAAGACAAGUCCAGUUGGCCCUCCCUUAUCUGAAAUCAGAAGAUGUCCACUUUGUGAGCAAGAACUGGCAAAGAAAUACUCCUAUACAAUGAUGGCCUUCCUUGCUGAUGAAUACUGCAACUACUGUCAAGACAUUUUGCAAACUGUGCAAGAUUUGCUUAUGUCUUUCUGGAAGUCUCUACAGCAAGAUGUAGUGAUGUUCAUGGCCCUGCCUGAUGUGCGCCAGCUCUUGAAGUCCUAUGAUACACAGCUGUACAAGGGACUUGAGGACAUUCUCCUGUGUGACUUUCUGGAUGAUGUUCCUAUCCAAGACUUGAAAUCUGUCCGGUUAUUUAGCAAGAAAUUUAAGCGGUGGCUUCUUAACGCAUUGGAAGGUUUCCCAUCCUUCUUACAGGUCUCUAAACUCAAAGAGGUCACCAUAUUCAAGAGACUCUGGAGGAAGACAUACCUUUCCAACAUGGUAAAGACCACAAGGACGGUGCUGAGAAACAUCAGGAAGGUCAGGCUCCUGAAGUCAGAUCUCCAAGCCAUCAUCGGCCAGUGUGCCUUGAACAUCCCUCUGAAGAGCCUGGCAAGUGACCCGAGCCACGCAGAGGAGCCCGAGAGCCACCCAGAGAUGAAAUGUUUAAGCUGUUUAAUUUCUUUGCUGGGAACAUCAACAGAUCUAGAUGUAUUCCUGAAUUGUCUGUCUUCACAUCUCCAAGUAUUUGUCUGCCAGCCCAGCAAAAGCAAAGAGCAGUUUAUUAAACUGGCUGCCAGCUUCCAGCUGAAGUGGAAUUUCCUUCUCACUGCUGUGAGCAAAGCCAUGACCCUCUGCCACAGGGAGAGUUUUGGCUUCUGGCAUCUGUUCCAUUUGCUGCUUUUGGACUACGUGACUCACAUAUUUCAGUCAUGCCUGGAGGAAGAAGAGGAAGAGGAGGAUGUGGGGAACCCCAAGGACAUGCUCCCAGAUGACCGGUCUCUCGUCCAGCCGAUCCAGGCCCUUUUCCACCCUCUAGAUUCUCCACUACCUCAGGAGUAUGCAAGCCCAGGUGCUGGGCCACCAAGGGUGACACUGGGACACAAGAGUCAGGACCUCAGUCCCAUGGGUGUGAGCAGCAUGGUCCUCUGGGUCCUGGGCUUGCUGGUGGACACUGCCACAAGCAAUAAGCUCGUCCAAGUAUUGUUGGAGGACAAGGUCACCAAAAGUGCCAUGAGACUAAGCGUCCCCAUGGAAGAAGAAGCCAUCGUAACCCUGAAAGAUGGACAAAGACUUGUGAUUCGCAUAUCCGAUGUAUCCUAAAGGUCUGAGAAACCAGUGCUAAUAUGAAAUGUGGUUUAAAUGAACAAGGCAUGAGGAAGCAGCUAGAGUUGCCUUCUUAAAAAUAUAUUAAAUCCUAAAGCUUUUAUAUUGCUAUGGAAAAGGUCUAUAUAUAUACUAGAGGUAGCAUUUUAUGUUCAUAUGUAUUUCAAAGAGUUGCUCUUGAACAAACUAUGAGCUGAUCUGAAGAAUAAUUUUUGUCUCUAUUGCUUUCCUUUUGGACUUUUACAUGUGUUUCUAUUUUGGGAUUUAACCAAGAACACAUUUGAGAAAUCUUGUUGAGAAUAAGAAUGGUUAAGUCUCCGGAGAAAGAUGAACUUUGAAGAAUACAAACUGGUACAAACUGUAAAAUGCCAAUGGUAAUAUUUUUCUUCCCCUUGUUAAUGACCCAGUGUAAAAAAAAUUUGUAGAAAGAUCCCCUCAGGCAAUGAGGACCAGAAAAGCUCAAUCUAAUGCCCCUGUUGUUCUCAUUCACUGGUACAUUAAUCACCUCGGUUCACCACCUGGUUUACUUAAAGAGGGGAAGAAUUUUGAAUGCAAAAAAUGUGUACAAUGAACACUCAUGCCCUGCUUUAAAUAUCCUUUUAUUCCUCUUUUUGAACCAAAAUCCUAAAAAUGUUGAAUCAAGAACAAGUCAUUGUUAUACCAGAUCCAUUUUUAUGUAACUGAUUAUGAUAUUUAAAAGGAAUUUUAAAAUUCAUGCUUAACAUGAUUUCUGGUACAAAAGAAAAGAACAGAGAAUAUAUUAUUGAUCUCAUAGUAUAUUUGAAAUGAACUCACAUUCUUAUAUGAAAUGAAUUAGAUUUAACUACAAAAUCAAUUUCAUUUUCCUAAAUGCUUAGAAAUUUUAAAGAACCAUAAGAAUUGUAUGUCUGAAGAUUCACUAAGAAUUAUUCCUCUUUAUGGUUAAAAAGAGUAAUUGUAUUUCAGAGCCCUGUAUGACUCCAUUUACUGGGUUCUCCCAUUCCCCACUCUCUCUAGCAGGAGCAGUACUGGUCCCUGGUCAUGGUCCUUUCCCUGGUGACCAGUGACUGACUGAACGUCAUGGGUCUGCUCACAAGGAAGCAGACAGUCUGUGGCCUGAGUCAAAACAAAAGCAACAACAGGAUUUAUAAGUCUGGAACAGUGUGUUUUUGUUUGCAUAUUUGGGGGUAAACUGAUUAGCUCAGUGCUGGCAGAGGUCAUCCUGGGGCUGCUGUCCUUGAAUGCCCAGGUUUAUUAAAGUAAUUUCAGUGUUGUUUUCAUCUGCAUCUCUCGAAUGACCAGUGAUGUUGAACAUUUUUUCACAUGUUUAUUUGCUAUUUCUAC